AAAGCAGGAAGGUGGAGGUUAGCCGUGUAUCGGGAAGACCGAAGGCGAUACUGCGAGGCUCCUUGUCUCAGAGGUCUUUUUUCACAUCGGAAUUGUACACUACAUUAUAGAAUAAAAUCUAAACAUGGCCAAGGUGAUCAGAAUGUUUCAAGCCCUCAGAAAUCAUUGGAAGAAGACUACACUUGGGAUCUGCCUGGUUACCUGGGGAGGAAACUGGCUUUAUGGAAAACACUGUGAUAACCUGCUAAGGAGAGCUGCAUGCCAAGAAGCCCAGGUAUGGGGCAACCAAAUUAUUCCUUCCAAUAUGCAGAUAAAGAAAGCAACAGUAUUUCUCAACCCUUCAGCUUGUAAAGGCAAAGCCAGGACUCUUUUUGAAAAGAAUGCAGCCCCAAUUCUCCACUUAUCUGGUCUGGAUGUGACUGUGGUGAAGACAGAUUAUGAAGGGCAAGCAAAGAAGUUGUUGGAGCUGAUGGAAAACACUGAUAUGAUCAUCAUUGCAGGUGGCGAUGGAACAGUGCAAGAGGUUAUAACUGGGCUCCUCCGAAGAGCAGAUGAGGCAGCUUUCAGUAAAAUUCCCAUUGGAUUCAUUCCUCUUGGAAAGAGCAGCACUUUAAGUCAUACACUUUAUACUAAGAUUGAUAACCAAGUCCAAUGUAUCACUGAUGCCACAUUGUCCAUACUGAGAGGAGAGACAGUUCAACUUGAUGUAUUGCAGAUCAAGGGGAACAAAGAACAGCCAGUAUUUGCUGUAAACGGCUUACGGUGGGGGUCUUAUAGAGAUGCUGGAGCAAAAGUCAGCAAAUAUUGGUAUCUUGGGCCUCUGAAAAUCCAGGCAGCCCAUUUUUUUAAUACAUUAAAGGAGUGGCCUCAGAAACAUCUCGCUUCCCUUACCUAUUUGGGCCCUGUUCCAAGGCCACCUGAGGAGCCAGAGCCGAAGACAUCUCGACCUCCUUUACACAUUAGGCUUUACAAGAGGCUUGCGUAUUAUUGGACACCCGCUCCCAAAGAAAUCCCAAAGGAGGAGACUCCAGAGUCCUGGCUUGAAAUUCCACUGUCUGCUCUUGAAUUCUCUGUCACUACUCAAAACAAGAAUCUUGACCUGAAACGUGAAGAAGACUUCAUGAAUGUUUGUAUUGAACCAGAUACAAUCAGUAGGGGAGACUAUGUAAAAAGAGGAAGCCAAAAGAUGAAGGACCCCCACCUGUGUCCUGAAGGAAGUCAAUGUCUUCAGGCUAGCAAGUGCAUUUUGCAGCUUCCAGAGGAUACAGAAGGCUCUUUAGCUAUAGACAGUGAAGAGUAUGAAGCAAUGACAGUGGAGGUAAAGCUGUUGCCCAGGAAACUCAAUUUCUUCUGUGAUGCCAGAAAAAAAGAAGAAAUGCUUCAAGGUAUAUCAUAAUCAAAGCAGCUGAUUCAAGGUAUACUGUAAUCAAAGGGUUGAGUUGGAUGACUGCCUGAACUGUUUAACGAACUGCGUCUGAAGACCACAUAUCUUUCCUUCAGUUAUGAUGAAAGCCGCCUUUUUCAAACUACGUAUGUAAGAAAUUGAGGAAGAAGAACUAAGGUGGAAACAGUUGGUUUUUCUUUUCGCCUGGUUCCAGUUAUUUCACAAAAAAAAUGACUUCCCAUCUACCUCUGUGGCAAGUGUUUUCUAGUUAAAAAACUUUGGGUAUAAACUUCCAUUUGUAACCUGCAUAUGUACUUCAGGUCAUUGAACAUGUUCCUACUUUCCCUCAUUUUGCUUCCUUUCCUAUUUCAGUAGUUGAGGUAUGGGCACCCCAUCAGUGUUAUGCUUAUGUUUAGAAAAGUGAUAAAAAUUAAUGUUUCAAGAGAAAAGUUAUCUAAAAUGUAAUCACUAAUAACUGAUCAAUGAAUCAUUAAACAAGCAGCUUGACUGGUAGCCUAUCUUUGGUAUUAAGCACAUAUUAUUUUAUUCUCGAAGAGAAAGGAUGCAAAAAAGGAUCAAAUCUGGAUCUUUUUGCGCGCAAAAGACCCCCAAAUCUCUACUCCUAUCAAGCUGAUUUCUGACACCUAAUAUUUGACAAAGGACAUUUCUUUUGGCACACAACCCACCUGAGUUUGGAAUAACAGUCUUCUGGAGUUUUGUUUGCAGUAAGAACAAAAGGAAGCAGUUUACUUCAUGUUUUGAGUGUUUUUACAGGCCACAGCUAGGUUUUGUUUUUUUUUAAAUACCUUGAGUCAGCCAUAAAGACUCAGUAUGUUAAUAAAUAAAACUGAUAAUUUUCCUGUUGCCACUGGGUGGAGCUAGUUCAGAGAAUUAUCUUCCUGUUUACCUGUUAGGGGAGUUUAUUUUCCACUUUUAAUGAUUUGUUUUGAGGCGUUAGAUUGUAAUGUGGUGUUGCCCAUAUGUUCUGUGCCUUUUAUGCUGUUUUUAUAGACGGAUUGCCAAAUGAUGCACAGCAUGUGUGCAUCAUAGUUACUUUGCUAUUCAGUCUUCAAGUUACCAAAUACUAAAUAUGUUUCUUUAUUCAUCUGUUGAGCUUUAAAGACAGGGCCAAAUAUAAAAACUGUAUUGUACACGAACAUUAAAAAGAUAUAAAUUUAUAGCUGUAAAAGUGAAUUUCUGCUUUGAAGUUGUUCAUGAACUGAAGUGAAACCAUUACUAAAUAUUGCCUCUUUGAUUGAGAGCUGGCAUUGAAAAAUUCAUGCUUAAUUAUUGCUUUGUU